AUGUCUCGGGUGGUUGACGGCCUCUACGUUGGCGACCUUUACACGGCACAUCGUCUCUUCGACGAUGUGCGACUGCCGCCGGAUCGCCGCCCCCCCAACAGGUUUGAGUCCGGCAGCGCACCCGAUAAUCUUCGAGGCGUGAUAUCAGCAUGUUUUGAUGCGCCGGAAUGGUGCAGCGAGUCUGCCGGUUGCUUCUAUCAGUGCGACGGUCACGAAAGCGCUGCCUACUCGCAUUUGAUCAAGUCGCCCCGCUUCGACAGUGACUAUAUCAACUUACACGUAGAUCGUAUCCCGCACUACCGAGCUCAUCAGGCGUCUGAACCCGAUUCGGAUGAAAACCAGAGCACUUACGUGCUCCACAUGGUCGUGAACGCCGAGGACGCUUCCAACGAAAAACUGUUUAGGGCCUUCCCGUUCGCGUUCGAUUUCGUGGAGGCUGUGAGCACCCUCUGCAACGGCUCCACCUUCGUUCAUUGCAUGAUGGGAAUGUCGCGGAGUUGCUCGUUGGUGUGCGCCUACCUGAUGAAGAAGCAGGACACAACGUUCACCAGUGUGAUCAAGCAGCUCAAGAGCGUUCACCCCAUCGCAUCUCCUAGUGCAGGUUUUAUGUGCCAGCUACUUUUAUUCUACAAGCACGGUUUCGAGGUACCCAACCGUGACGUGUUCUGGAGCGAGUAUAUCCACCUGAUCCGCCACAUCGAUCUAGAUAAACCGGAGGAAUACGAAGCAAAGUGCCGCGACCCAAACUCCGAGGCUGACAAUGGAACUGUGUACAGCUGCGCAAAAUGCCGGCAGACCUUGUUCUACGGGUAUAAUGUCAUCCAACACGAGGGCGUUGCAGAUUCCCGCGAUGCUGCCAGCGAACCGUGCAGCAGCGUGUUUGUGGAGCCAAUGGACUGGAUGAACGACGUGGACUCCCAAACCGGUAAGAUAAUGUGCAAAAACACGCGGUGUUCAUCCAAGCUGGGAUACUAUUGCUGGUAUGGCCGCCGGUGCUCAUGCGGCCACCUUCAGGUGCCAGCAUUCCAGAUCCAGCUGUCCAAGGUCGACAAACUCGUUGCGGAGUCCCGUUUGGGAGGCACAAAACCCGUUCGAAAUGAGGGCCUGCUAUGA